GGCAAUUAGAAAAAGCAAAAGAGAAGAGUAGCGGCUUCACCUUUACACUUUAUCUGCGCUUAGCUAGCUUUAUUUAUCUUUGCCGGUGCCCUUUGCUUCUCUUUCAGCACCUAAAACAUUGUCUUUUUCAUGCCUCUAUCUCUCUCUUGUGCUCUGCAAUAUAUGAAAUAUAUGAUUAUUCCCAGCAUCUAAGAAUAAAAACACAUCUCCCCAUAUUCCCAACCCAACUACAUUAUAUACUAAAAAACUGUCUGUCUUUACUUUGUUUUCACAUCUUCAUCAUCCACAUGCACCAAUCUCUCUUGCUAUAUCCAUAUCACACAUGUAAAGCCAAAAUCAUUUAUAUAUUUCUUUUACAUUAAUCAAUAUAAUCCUAUAUAUAUAUAUACCAAAGACAAAAAAGUAUAGUAAUAGUAGUGAGAUAUGGAGAUUUUGUCACAGCUUUGGUCCUUGCUAGGCCUUCUCACCGUUCUCCAAAAUGUGUUACCUUCUCAACUACUCUCCUUGCUCCACUCCCUCUACGAGUCCCUCCAAGACCUACUCAGCCCUUACUCCUACCUCGAAAUCCCCGAGUUCAACGGCUAUUGCGGCGUCGAACUCAACGACCUCUACCGCCACGUCACGCUCUACCUCAACGCCGUCGACCCCUCCGCCACCACCUGCCGCCGUCUCACGCUCACCCGCUCGAAGUCCUCCACGCGCUUCUCCUUCGCGGUAGCCCCCAAUCACUCUGUCCGUGACGUCUUUGCUGGCCACACUCUCUCAUGGACUCACCACGUCGAUGCAGUCCCUGACUCCCUCGAAGAACGGCGUAGCUUCGUCCUUAAGCUCCCAAAACGACACCGUCAGGCACUUCUUUCUCCAUACCUAGACCACAUCCUUGUGAAAGCCGAGGAGUUCGAGCGUGUGUCUCGUGAGAGGAGACUCUUCACCAAUAAUGGCCACGGUUCUUACGACUCCGGCUGGGUCUCUGUUCCGUUCCGUCACCCUUCGACGUUCGACACAUUAGCUCUCGAACCUCAAUUGAAAAAACAGAUAACGGACGAUCUAACGGCGUUUUCUAACGGCAAAGACUUUUACCACAGAGUUGGCCGUGCAUGGAAGCGAGGGUAUCUCCUGCACGGUCCCCCCGGCACUGGUAAAUCGAGCUUGAUUGCUGCCAUGGUGAACUACCUCUGUUACGACGUGUACGACCUCGAGUUGACCAAAGUCUCGGACAACUCCGAGCUCCGAGCUCUACUCAUACAAACAACGAACCGUUCGAUCAUCGUGAUUGAAGAUAUCGACUGUUCGGUUGAUCUAACGGCUGAAAGAGGUUCCAAACCUCGAAAGAGAUCUCAGCCAUCGAUAAACGGUCACGAUGAUGAAGAGCAGAGAGGGCGGGUCACUCUCUCGGGGCUCCUAAACUUCACAGACGGGCUUUGGUCGUGCUGUGGGGAAGAGAGAAUCAUAGUCUUCACCACAAACCACAAGGUCAACGUUGACCCGGCUCUGCUCCGAUGCGGCCGUAUGGACGUCCACGUCAGCCUCGGCGCGUGCGGACCCGCUGCUGUCCGGGCAUUGGUGAAGAACUAUCUGGGGUUGGACUCCCACGCGCUGAUGGAGGUCGUGGAUAACUGCUUGAGAACGGGCGGGGCCCUGACGCCGGCGCAGAUCGGAGAGAUACUGCUGAGAAAUAGGGGAGAAGCUGACGUGGCAAUGAAGGAGGUGGUGGCGGCAAUGCAGGCCAGGAUAUUGGGUGGACGUAGAGAACAGGUGAAGGAUAGUCAAUAUUGCGAGGUCGAGGCCGGGGCCGGGGCAAGGUCACCGGAGAGUGUCCUUCUUAGAGGAUCGCCGGAGAAUUGGGUGUCGUCUCCUGGGAAGAAGAGAAAGAUCAAGUUUCUGGUCAGGCUAAGAUCUUUGACAAAGUCGGAGUCCGGUAGAAGAGGUGUGCCUGACCAUUGACGUGAGGCCUCGAUCUCUAGCUAGAUGACCUUUCACUUACUUUGUAAUACUCAAUUCGAUGGAUUUUUUUUUUUCACUUUCAAAGUUUAAAAAUAGUCUAUUAGGUUUUAUGUAAUUGAACCAUUUGAUUAUUUGACCUCUUU